AUGGCAAAUUACAGACCACUACCGCACCUAUCUCCUGUACGGCGAGUUAUCACAGGCCAUGACAACAGCGGCACUGCGAACUUCGACCUUGAUGAGAAGCUCACGCCUGUGGCAGUGGCAGCUUCUGCAGAUGCACCCAUGGGGUUCACAUUGAUUCAUCGCACCACGGAGUUCCCUGUCGACAACCAGGGCGGUAGCGACGAAUUCGGACCAGAAAAUCUGCAGCGGUCGCGGUUUCCAAGAGGCAUUGUCUGCGAAGUCGUCGACGUGCCGCCGGCUGGCACUAGUCAGCCACACUUCCAUCGCAACGUCAGCCUGGACUACGGAGUGAUCAUGGAGGGUACCCUCGACCUGAUACUGGAUGGAGGCGCGAAGCGAACACUGCACACUGGCGAUGUCUAUGUUCAGAGAGGCACAAUACACGGAUGGAGCAAUCCCGGCGACAAGGUCUGUCGGUUCAUGACAGUCAUUGUGCCAGCGCAAAUCGUCGUUGUGCAGUCGACUGGUGAGGCUCUGGGGUCGACAAAGCUGCCGGGACUGACGGACUGA